AUGGCAUCGACACUGCCUCGACUGCCCGUCUUCGAGGCCAUCUCGAGCCAUGACCCGAACUCGACUGUGGCCGUCCACUCGGCCUCCCAGAGGACGUUCAGGUACGGCGAGCUGCUUGGCGAUGUGUGCCGGAUGCGCAACCGGCUCCUCGAAGCGGCAGGCAAGGACGACAUCCACGGCGAGCGCAUUGCCUUCCUCGUGGAGAACAGCUACGACUAUGUAGUCACAUGGCUGGCAGUCCUGGGAGCAAGGGCAAUAGCCGUGCCCCUGUCGCCAGCUUUCCCAGCACCAGAGCUGCAAUACGUCCUGGGCCACAGUGAGGCAUUGCUACUUCUCUCUUCGGCGAAGUUCUCAACCAAAGCGGAGGAGACCCUCGGCCUGCCUCUGGUGUCGCCACCGAAGCACGUCGAGCUCCCUAAGCACCCGGGCGCGUCUCCCCAUGAGUCGGUAUCCCUGGAGGGCGACGACCCGGGCGAGGCUGGUAUGAUGCUCUAUACGUCGGGCACGACGAACCGGCCCAAGGGCGUUCUCAUCCCACAGUCCGUCAUGACGGCCCAGGCCCGGUCGCUGCUCAAGGCUUGGGAGUACUCGCCCGCCGACCGGCUGCUGCACGUGCUCCCGCUGCACCACAUUCACGGCACCAUCAACGCGAUCCUCACGCCUCUGUUCGCGGGCAGCAGCAUCGAGUUUCUCUACCCAUUCAACGCGGACGCCGUGUGGAAGCGUUUCGCGGCACCGUUCCUGCACAAGCACGAGCAGGCCGAGGCGAACGGGCCACGCCGUUACGAACGUGCUAUUACCAAUGGCGACGGCCCUUACGCGGGGCGACCACAAGAGAAGAUCACAUUCUUCACCGUGGUACCGACAGUCUACUCCCGCCUGCUCGCCACCCACAAGGCGCUCCCACCCCAGAUGCAGGCGGCGACCCGCGACGCCAUCUCCCCGGCCAACCUGCGCCUGUGCAUCUCCGGGUCCGCGGCGCUCCCCACGCCCGUCAAGCGCGCCUGGAAGGACCUGUCGCACGGAAACGUGCUCCUGGAGCGCUUUGGCAUGACCGAGGUCGGCAUGGCGCUGUCGUGCGGGCUGGACUUUGCCGACCGCGUCGACGGGUCCGUGGGCUGGCCGCUGCCAUCGGUCGAGGCGCGCCUGGUCGACGUCGACACGGGCGAGGUGAUCGCACACGGCGAGGAGGCGGACGCCGAGGGCCGCGAGCGCGCCGGCGAGAUCCAGCUGCGCGGGCCCACCGUGUUCAGGGAGUACUGGCGCAAUCCCGAGGCCACGGCCGCCGAGUUCGUGCCGGACAGCGCGGGCGGCACCGGCGGGAAGUGGUUCAAGACGGGCGACGUGGCGGUGCGUCGGCCGGUGCCGACGGCGGGCAAGGCGGCGGGCCGGCUGGCGAGCCAGGACUGGACGGGCUCGUCGGACAUGUACUUCAUCCUGGGGCGCAAGUCGGCCGACAUCAUCAAGUCGGGCGGCGAGAAGGUGUCGGCGCUCGAGGUGGAGCGCGAGCUGCUGUCGCUGCCCGAGGUGGCCGAGGCCGCCGUGCUGGCCGUGCCCUCGGGCAAGUGGGGCCAGAAGGUCGGCGCCGUCGUCAUCCUCGACAGGGAGGCCGGGCCCGAGGGCGGCCGCUGGACGCCCAUGGACAUGCGCCGCGCCCUCAAGGGCCGUCUGGUCAACUACAAGAUCCCCCAGGUCCUGCGUGUUGUGGACCACAUCCCCCGCAACGCCAUGGGCAAGAUCAACAAGAAGCAGCUCGUCAAGGCCGUCUUCCAGGACGACUUCAGCGGGGAUGAGUUGUAG